AUGAUGACCUUCGACCGAUGCACUCGACUUCUAAUUAACAUCGUCGUCAUCGGAAUCGUCCUGGUGAACUCUGUUGAGGACGACAACGAGCUUGUCAAGGUGUGCCAUCCGAUAGCACUUCGUUUGAAUGUACUGUUCCUUUUGGAUGGAUCCGGGUCGGUGUCCGGCCCAACGUUUGCCAUGCAAAUGCAAAUGCUUGACAAAAUCGCUUCGCUGAUGAAUAUAGGCAGAGACAAGAGCCAGAUUGCUGUUCUACAGUAUGCCAGCUACACGAGACUUGAGCAUAGUUUCGAAGAUCGCCAGAGUCACGAUGAAUUGAUGUCCAAGCUAAAGAAGAUCCGUCACAUGUCCGGAACGACGAAGACUGGCAAAGCGAUGCUGAAGGCGCUGGAUAUGUUCAGGAAAGCAAGACGUGGCCACGAACAGAGUGAUGUCUCCCAGGUAGCAGUGGUAGUUACCGACGGACACUCACAGGACAAUCCGGUACCAGCCGCAGAAGCUCUACGAGCAGCCGGAAUCACCAUUCUGACGCUGGGCAUCGGAGAUCACAUAAAUCGGGAUGAAAUCGUUCGAAUCAGUGGCAAAGACGAAUUGGCAUUCCAAAACCUCCACAAGAACGUAUCGCUCGAACAUUUUGUAGCCGGUUUCAAAAAUCUUUCACAAGGAGAACAUUGCGAAUAUGCUAGAGGAAUAGAAGGAGCUGAAAUCACUUGUGGACCAGAUUUUGUGCAAGUAGGAAUAUCAACUACGAAGAAGUUAAAGGGCCGAUUGUUCUUCGAAGGAUACCAUCAGGAACCUGGAUGUUCGUCAGUGGAGGAUUAUCUCAUUGGAUCUGAAGAUAAAUCUCGAUUCGAUGUGCAUACCAUUGCACCUCAUGGAAAAUGUGGCCUGGUAAAGGUGUACGAGGCGGAAUCCCGAGGCUUUGUGAUUUCCUCCCGAGCGGUGCUUCAGUUUGAUCGUCGAUUCGCUACCGAUAACGAUCACACAUUCGAGAUUCGAUGUUUCUACCCCGACAAGAAGAAGACAGUUAAGAGUCCAGAAAGAGCUCAAGGAGUCUCCACGUUGCUGACCGGGGCCGAUUUGAACUGGCGAGUGAUCAUCUGGUGCAUUACUCAAAAAUCGAUCAUCAACAGCCUCGAUUAUUCCAAAAACGGCAUCGUGACAGCCGUCGGUAAAGCUGUUCGUUUCGCCGAUGUCCCCGUCGUGAAAUUCUCCUGCAGACUUCGCUUCUGUAAUCUGUCCGAUGAACAAUGCAGUUCCGGAAUGGCUCCUCAAUGUCGGACAAAACGUGAGACCCUUGAUAAUGAUGCCAGUUUGUCGAAAGACGAACAGAAGGAGUACGACGUCUACGAAGACGAUAACGUUGAAGAACGAAAUUUGGAGCCUGAAAUGGCCACAGUGGCUCUAAUGGACGAGCCAACAACUACAGUGUCAAUGCCACUUAUCUUUGGUGAUCCCUUGAGGACCGCGAAAAUUCCUUUACGAAGUGCUUCUUUGAUGGAACCGUCGGACUUUCCAUCUGGCGGGAUAGACAUAAAGUUGAAUACGAAACAAGUAGCUAUUGUCAGUUCCGAUCAUGCGAGGGACCGUUUCAAACAGGCUCUACAACUUCGUGCUAACGCACAACCAGUUGCUGGGAGUCUCGACAGUCUGGACACUUCACUGCCGAAUGGAGUCCCUCGACGAGCUGCGCCGGCAAAAAGCACAUUCAACGGCUUAGCCGUGAAACACGUUAAAGGCUUUGUUCGGCAGUUGCCAAAACCGCUCAGCAUUCAAGAGAUGCACCAACUACUGCCUACCUCAUCCAGUACUCAAGAACCGCAAGAGACAUCCACCACUGAAGCACUCGAAGAGGAUGACACAAGUGUUAUCGAUGAGGACGCAGUCCUUGAAGAUAGCGUAACAACUACCACCUUGGCCACUACCGACGCUCCAACUCCAACUAGUACGGUUAGUUACACUUCGGCGACUUCGACCUUCCCACCAGCCAAGGAAACUGUCGUGGAUGACGACGAGAUAGAGGAAGAGGUAGUUGUGGUUAGCGACAUGAUUGUCCUACGAUUGCCACACGAAACGUUCAUUACUGGUUGCAAUAAACACGCUAGCUGUUAA